UCACCUCAUGAGUACACUUCUGAGAUUAUAUAUGAGAGGACCCAGGAGUUAAAUCAGGACUCAGGAAGAGCUAGUCCCAUAAUGAUGCUGCCUCAAAACUCUUGGCAUAUUGAUUUUGGAAGAUGUUGCUGUCAUCAGAACCUUUUCUCUGCUAUGGUAACUUGCAUCCUGCUCCUGAAUUCCUGCUUUCUCAUCAGCAGUUUUAAUGGAACAGAUUUGGAGUUGAGGCUGGUCGAUGGAGAUGGUCCCUGCUCUGGCAGAGUGGAGGUGAAAUUCCAGGGACAGUGGGGAACUGUGUGUGAUGAUGAGUGGAACACUACUGCCUCAGUUGUCGUGUGCAAACAGCUUGGAUGUCCAUUUUCUUUCACCAUGUUUCAUUCUGGACAAGCCGUGACUAGAUAUGGAAAAAUUUGGCUUGAUGAUGUUUCCUGUUAUGGAAAUGAGUCAGCUCUCUGGGAAUGUCAACACCGGGAAUGGGGAAGCCAUGAUUGUAAUCAUGGAGAAGAUGUUGGUGUGAACUGUUAUGGUGAAGCCAAUCUGGGUUUGAGGCUAGUGGAUGGAAACAGCUCCUGUUCAGGGAGAGUGGAAGUGAAAUUCCAAGAAAGGUGGGGGACUAUAUGUGAUGAUGGGUGGAACUCGAAUACUGCUGCCGUGGUGUGCAGGCAACUAGGAUGUCCAUCUUCUUUUAUUUCUUCUGGAGUUGUUGAUAGCCCUGCUGUAUUGGGCCCCAUUUGGCUGGAUGACAUUAUAUGCCAGGGGAAUGAGUUGGCAAUCUGGAAUUGCAGACAUCGUGGAUGGGGAAAUCAUGACUGCAGUCACUACGAGGAUGUCACAUUAACUUGUUAUGAUAGUAGUGAUCUUGAACUAAGGCUUGUAGGUGGAACUAACCGCUGUGUGGGGAGAGUAGAGCUGAAAAUCCAAGGAAGGUGGGGGACCAUAUGCCACCAUAAGUGGAACAAUGCUGCAGCCGAUGUCGUAUGCAAGCAGUUGGGAUGCGGAACUGCACUUCACUUCGCUGGCUUGCCUCAUUUGCAGUCAGGAUCUGAUGUUGUAUGGCUUGAUGGUGUCUCCUGCUCCGGUAAUGAGUCUUUUCUUUGGGACUGCAGACAUUCUGCAACCAUAAAUAUGGACUGUAUUCAUCAGAACGAUGUGUCUGUGAUCUGCUCAGAUGGAGCAGAUUUGGAACUGCGACUAGCAGAUGGAAGUGACAAUUGUUCAGGGAGAGUAGAGGUGAGAAUCCAUGAAGAGUGGUGGACAAUAUGUGACCAGAACUGGAAGAAUGAACAAGCUCUUGUGGUUUGUAAGCAGCUAGGAUGUCCGUUUAGCGUCUUUGGCAGUCGUCGUGCUAAACCUAGUAAUGAAGCUAGAGACAUUUGGAUAAACAGCAUAUCUUGCACUGGGAAUGAGUCAUCUCUCUGGGACUGCAUAUAUGAUGGAAAAGCAAAGCGAACAUGCUUCCGAAGAUCAGAUGCUGGAGUAAUUUGUUCUGAUAAGGCAGAUCUGGACCUAAGACUUGCCGGGGCUGAUAGCCCCUGUUAUGGGAGAUUGGAGGUGAAAUACCAAGGACAGUGGGGGACUGUGUGUCAUGACAGAUGGAGUACGAGGAAUGCAGCUGUUGUGUGUAAACGACUGGGAUGUGGAAAGCCUAUCCGUAUGUUUGGUAUCACCUACUUUAAAGAAGCAUCAGGACCUAUUUGGCUGGAUGAUGUUUCUUGCAUUGGAAAUGAGUCAGAUAUCUGGGACUGUAAACAUAAUGGAUGGGGAAAGCAUAAUUGUGUACACAGAGAGGAUGUGAUUGUAACCUGCUCAGGUAAUACAACAUGGGGCGUGAGGCUGGCGGGUGGCAGCAACCGCUGCUCAGGAAGACUGGAGGUGUACUUUCAAGAACAGUGGGGCACAGUGUGUGAUGAUGGCUGGAACAGUAUUGCUGCGGCUGUGGUGUGUAGCCAGCUGGACUGCCCAACUUCUAUCAUUGGCAUGGGUCUGGGAAACACUUCUACAGGAUAUGGAAAAAUUUGGCUUGAUGAUGUUUCCUGUGAUGGAGCUGAGUCAGAUCUCUGGUCAUGCAGGAACAGUGGGUGGGGAAAUAAUGACUGCAGUCACAGUGAAGAUGUUGGAGUGAUCUGUUCUGAUGCAUCAGACAUGGAGCUGAGGCUUGUGGGUGGAAGCAGCAGAUGUGCUGGAAGAGUUGAGGUGAAAGUCCAGGGUGCCUCGGGAAUUCUGUGUGCUAACAGCUGGGGAAUAAACAUUGCUGAAGUUGUUUGCAGGCAACUUGAAUGUGGGUCUCCAAUCUUGGUCUACAGAGAGCCUCAUUUCACAGAAAGAACAUUACACAUGUUUAUAUCUAAUUCUGGCUGCACUGGAAGGGAAGCGUCUCUCUGGGAUUGUAUACGAUGGGAGUGGAAACAGACUGCAUGUCGUUUAAAUAUGGAAGCAAGUUUGAUCUGCUCAGCCCACAGGCAGCCCAGGCUGGUUGGAGCUGAUAUACCCUGCUCUGGACGUGUUGAAGUGAAACGUGCAGACACAUGGGGCUCUGUCUGUGAUUCUGAUUUCUCUCUUCAUGCUGCCAAUGUGCUGUGCAGAGAAUUAAAUUGUGGAGAUGCCGUAUCUCUUUCUGUGGGAGAUCACUUUGGAAAAGGAAGUGGUCUAACUUGGGCCGAAAAGUUCCAUUGUGAAGGGAGAGAAACUCACCUUGCAUUAUGCCCCAUGGUUCAACAUCCGGAAGACACUUGUAUCGACAGCAGAGAAGUUGGAGUUGUCUGUUCCCGAUAUACAGAUGUCCGACUUGUGAAUGGCAAAUCCCAGUGUGACGGGCAAGUGGAGAUCAAGGUGCUUGGACACUGGGGCUUACUGUGUGACACCCACUGGUACCCAGAAGAUGCCCAUGUUCUAUGUAGACAGCUCAGCUGUGGGGCUGCUGUCUCAACCACAGGAGGAAAAUAUAUUGGAGAAAGAACUGGUCGUGUGUGGGGACACAGGUUUCAUUGCUUAGGGAAUGAGUCACUUCUGGAUAACUGUCCAAUGACAGUUCUUGGAGCACCUCCCUGUAUCCAUGGAAAUACUGUCUCUGUGACCUGCACAGGAAGCCUGACAGGGCCACCGUUUCCAUGCGUUGCAAAUUUAUCUGACCCGUAUUUGUCUGCAGUUCCAGAGGGCCGUGCUUUCAUCUGCUUAGAGGACAAACGGCUCCGCCUGGUGGACGGGGACGGCCGCUGUGCCGGGAGAGUAGAGAUCUAUCACAACGGCUUGUGGGGCACCAUCUGUGAUGACGGCUGGGACCUGAGCGAUGCCCACGUGGUGUGUCGAAAGCUGGGCUGUGGAGUGGCCCUCAAUGCCACGGUCUCUGCUCACUUUGGGGCGGGGUCAGGGCCCAUCUGGCUGGAUGACCUGAACUGCACAGGAACGGAGUCCCACUUGUGGCAGUGCCCUUCCCGGGGCUGGGGGCAGCACGACUGCAGGCACAAGGAGGACGCAGGGGUCAUCUGCUCAGAAUUCACAGCCUUGAGGCUCUACAGUGAAACUGAAGUGGAGAGCUGUGCUGGGAGAUUGGAAGUCUUCUAUAAUGGGACCUGGGGCAGCGUUGGCAGGAGGAACAUCACCACAGCCAUAGCAGGGAUUGUGUGCAGGCAGCUGGGCUGUGGGGAGAAUGGAGUUGUCAGCCUUGCCCCUUUGUCUAAGAUAGGCUCUGGUUUCAUGUGGGUGGAUGACGUUCAGUGUUCUAAAACAUAUAUCUCCAUAUGGCAGUGCCUAUCUGCCCCAUGGGAGCGAAGAAUCUCCAGCCCAGCAGAAGAGACCUGGAUCACAUGUGAAGAUAGAAUAAGAGUGCGUGGAGGAGACACCGAGUGCUCUGGGAGAGUGGAGAUCUGGCACGCAGGCUCCUGGGGCACAGUGUGUGAUGACUCCUGGGACCUGGCCGAGGCGGAAGUGGUAUGUCAGCAGCUGGGCUGUGGCUCUGCUCUGGCUGCCCUGAAGGAGGCUUCGUUUGGCCAGGGAACUGGAACCAUCUGGUUGGAUGAGAUGCAGUGCAAAGGAAAUGAGUCAUUUCUAUGGGACUGUCAUGCCAAACCCUGGGGACAAAGUGACUGUGGACACAAGGAAGAUGCUGGCGUGAGGUGCUCUGGACAGUCACUGAAAUCACCGAAUGCCUCCUCAGGUCAUUCUGCACUGAUUUUAUCUAGUAUCUUUGGUCUCCUUCUCCUGGUUCUGUUUAUUCUAUUUCUCAUGUGGUGCCAAGUUCAGAAACAAAAACAUCUGUCCCUCAGAGUUUCAACUAGAAGGAGGGGUUCUCUCGAGGAGAAUUUAUUCCAGGAGAUGGAGACCUGUCUCAAGAGAGAGGACCCACAUGGGACAAGAACCUCAGAUGAUACCCCCAACCAUGGUUGUGAAGGUGCUAGAGACACAUCACUGUUGGAGGUUCUUCCUGCCUCUGAAGCUACAAAAUGACUUUAGACUUCCAGGGCUCACCAGAUAAACCUCUAAAUGUCUUUGAAGGAGACAGCAACUUUUAAAUGAAUAAAGGUGAAGUCAAGUUGCCCUAUGGAAAACUGGUCCAAAUAACAUUUCUUGAACAGUAGGAGAGCAACUAAAUUGAUAAAGACUGGUGAUAAUAAAAGUUGAAUUAUGUGUAUCACUGUUAAAUGGACUGAAUGUUUGUGUUUUCCUUUCCCCUCCCACACACACAAAAAAUGCAUAUGUUGAAAUCGUAACGGCCAAUGUAAUGGUAUUAGGAAGUGGAGCUUUGAGGAGGUAAUCAUGUUGUGAGGGUGAAGCCCACAUGAAUGGGAUUAGUGCCCUUAAUAAUGGAACCUCAGAAGCUCUGUCACUGUCCUUCCCUUAUGUGAAUGUAGAAUGGGAAGUCAGCAGUCUACAACUUGGUAGGGAGCCCUCAUCAGAUCUGAAUCAUGCUGGCACCCUGAUCUCAGGCUUAUAACUUCCCAAACUGUGAGGGAAAAAAAUUCUGUUGUUUAUAUGCCACCAGUUUAUAGUACUGUCUUAUGGCAGCCCAAACUGAGACAAUCACUAACUAAAAAAUCACUCCAUACCAUGUCCUAGUCCUACUCCUGCUGAACAAUGAAAAACAUUAUUUGAGGCUGACUUGUGGCUGUUCUUGUAGUUCAAAUUAGUGUAAUUCCAUAGAUAUUUGAAUAUAGAAAUCAUUUUCAAAAUUUAAUGUCAGACUAGUCAUCUUUAUUUUUAUCCCUGAUAGAUUGAUUAAUGACAGCUUUGCUCAAUUGCCCUUGCUUCUAACUUGGCUUCCUCAGAUUUUGAACAUAUUGUUGUUCCUAUAGGAAUUAUAACACAUAUAUUAUAGUAACAAGUACCUAUCAUAAGAGAAAAAUAAUUUUUAAAAAAUCAGUAGGCUUCAUGGAGCUGUUACAAGAGAUGUAAAACAAACAAAAGAAGCCUAGGUUAUUAGAAAAGACAUUUUAAAAUCUUUAAGACCCUAAAUAAGCUUUAUUCAUUUAGGAUCUCUACCCUCAAAGAGUUGGAAAUCCUAAAAAUCAGGAGACUUUUGUUCACAAAUCUGAUAAAAAAGGAUAAUUAUUCCAAUGCCAAGAAAAGCUUGUCUGAAGGCUUCUUCUCAAGAGAUAGCAAGAUUUUAGAUUGUACUUCAAAUACUGGGGCCUCUCUGUGCAAUAUGUUUGCAGUAUAUAUUAUGAGGAAAUGUAGUAGAGAGUUUAAAGACUACAAUUUAAUCCUAGCCAAUUAAUAUAUAUUUCAUUAAUACUGUUGUACUGCACUAAAAUUAUUAUAGAUUCAUACACUAAAAUAAAGAGCUGUCCCUAUUUCUAUGUUUGCAAAGUUUAAGUUUUUAUUAUAACAUUAAUACAUGUUUAAAAAAUAUUGAAAGAGCAAUAAUAAAUAUGAAAAAGUCUAUCAUUCUGAAAUAAGCACUGUUAACAUUUUGGAAUGUUUCUGUCACUGUUUUGUCUGUCCUCUCUCAUGUAUAAAUGAAUGAAAUUAUUCACCUACAUAAAAUAAAGAUUAUUAAUUCUUAUUA